AUGCUUCUCCCACGCCGAGCGGUCAUCUUCCUCGGCGUCUGCUUCUUCCUCGUCUUGCUCCUCACAUCCCGGAGCCUCUCACGACCAUGGCGUGACGUACCCCAAGUCAUCGGCCUAGGUGACCUGGUCUCCUCACCAUCCAAUAUAACAGGAGCCUGGAAUACCACCUACGGGCACACAAACAACAACCUCUAUGCCCCGCCGCCGGACUUCAUCCCCGGCACCUCUAAGCCCCCGGGCUACAAAUUCUCCAAGACCCUGGUCGUGACCCGGACCAAGGGGGAGGACACGAGCUGGAUCGCCCAGGAACUGCCAGAUUGGAACCACGCCAUCUACGUCGCAGACGACCCCACAGCGCCACUCCACCCGCCCAAGAACAAAGGUCACGAGGUCAUGAUCUACCUCACCUACCUCGUUGACCACUAUGACAAGCUCCCAGACGUGGCGGUGUUUAUGCACUCGCACCAAUUCGCCUGGCACAACGAUAAUCUGUUCGCCGGAGAUGCGGCGCAGCUGCUCCGCCGCCUCAAUUUGAACCGUGUCAUCCGCGAGGGCUACAUGAAUACUCGCUGCGGGUUCGGCCCGGGCUGCCCAGCCUGGAUGCAUCCCGGCGCGGUCGAAGAAGAUGAGUCGAAGCAGGAGGAGAUCAUGCUUGCCCGCGCGUGGGGGGAGCUAUUCCCCGACCAGCCGAUCCCGUCUGUCCUGGCGCAGCCGUGCUGUGCCCAGUUCGCCCUAUCUCGCGAUCGUAUUCGCUCCAUUCCGCGGGCCCGGUUUGUUUUCUAUCGCGAUUGGCUGUUGUCAACUGAUCUGAGUGAUUAUAUCGCUGGUCGCAUCUGGGAGUAUCUGUGGCAGUUUAUCUUCACCGGGGAGGCUGUUCUGUGCGUUGAUGAAAAUGUGUGUCUUUGUGACGGGUACGGUUUCUGUUUUGGCGGAAACGAGGAAUUCAAUGCUUACCGAGAAACUGAAUCUAAAAAGAAUGAGAUUCAGCAGGAAUUCGAUAAUUGGAUGUGGUUGUCUGACGGCAUUGGCUUUGAUGACUCUGUUGGAUCGGAUGUCAUUGAGAAUGAGGGAGGCAAUGUCCUUUGGAACCAACUUCAGGAGAAGCAGCAGGAGGUCGUUGAGAUUCUGACUGCUGCUAUGGAGCGGGGGAAGAACCCCAGGUACCGUGCCCAGGAGGCCGGUCGUGCUUGGAAAGAGGGUGAUGGGUUCUAA